AUGUCGUCUGAAGGUGAGGACUUCAACGAGGACAACAUGUCUGGUCUGCCUCAAAAUCAGAAGAAGCGAAGGAUACAACGAGCAUGUGACAUCUGCAGGAGGAAGAAAAUCCGAUGCGACGGAGUCCAAAUGCCCGGAAAUCGUUGUUCAAACUGUAUAACGUGCAGUUUCGAUUGUACGUAUGUUGAGGCAGCGAAGAAACGAGGUCCUCCAAAGGGGUUUGGAAAUCCCUAUUUUCCCAAUCACAAGUCUGAUUCCCUGUCUAGUUACGUGGAAAACUUGGAAUGUCGCGUGGAAAUGCUGAAACGUCGUGUGGAAAUGCUGGAAGAGGUUUUGCGGAGGUUAUGCCCAGACCAGAACAUUUUGAAAGAGCUCCACAUUGCCACAGACCGAGAAAACCAUCCCCCUGACGCCGCUGUGAAAGUAGAGCAAGUCUGUAGCUCUGCUUCCUUGCCGCGCUCUGUCAAUGUAGCCACAUCCGUCACCAGUAGGGUCGGUGAACCCGGCGCCGACCAGCAAGACGAGGACUCUGUUAAUCCAACUCUCGUAGAAAACCUGAAGGAACCUGACAUCGAUAGGCCCAGUGACAAGAUCGAAGACCUCAUUCAGACCGCGAUGGAGCUCAAGAGCGAGUACGUGGGCAGCGACAACUUCGAAGCCUCUCCUUCAAUGAGUCUUGGCCACAUGCGUUUUGAAUUUAGCGCACCACAACCCUGGGAAAAAUGCCUUGGAGGCCCAAACAACCCACCGAUGCAAUCAUUUCCUGAUCGGGAUCUCAUGGAGCAACUCGUCGACGCUUUUUUUCUGCACUUCAAUCUCUAUCAAGCUGUCCUUCAUCGGCCAACCUUUGAGAGAUCCGUUGCAGAAGACCUACAUCUCACAAAUACCGGCUUUGCAUGUACCCUUCUGCUUGUCUGCGCAAUUGGAUCACGGUUCUCAGAGGAUCCCCGAGUAUUUCUUGAAGGACAGGAUUCACCUCAUUCCCGUGGCUGGAAGUGGUUUGAGCAAGUACAGACAGCUAGGUCGCUCUUAGUCUCACCUUCACUGUAUGACAUGCAAUUCUACUGUCUCUCGGUAAUGUUCUUGAAAGACUCUUCUGCUCCUCUGUCAUGUUGGUCCAUGGUUGGCAUUGGUAUCCGGUUGGCACAGGAGGUAGGCGCACAUAGGCGCAAAGCACGGGACCAUGUGAUGACCGUAGAGGACGAGCUGUGGAAGCGCGCCUUCUGGUUUCUGGUCUGUAUAGACAGGGACUUCAGCAGUGCUCUCGGUCGCCCCUGUGCAAUUCAAGAUGAAGACUUUGACCUUGACAUGCCCAUUGAGUGUGAUGACGAAUACUGGGAACAUCCUGAUCCUUCGCAGCGUUUCAAGCAACCCGCAAAUAAACCCUCGCUUAUCAGUUACUUCAUUCUCGACAUUAAGCUACACCAGAUUGCAAGCAUUGCCUUGCGUACAAUCUAUACGAUCAACAAGUCCAAAAGCUUGCUUGGCUUAGGCCCUCAGCGGGAGACGCAUAAUAUAGUGGCGGAGCUUGACUCGGCUCUCAACGAAUGGGUGGACUCAGUCCCGAAUCACUUGCGCUGGGAUCCAAAUCGCGAAGACGAUAGAUUUUUCAAACAAUCUAUCGUCUUAUACGGGAUCUACUAUUACGUCCAGAUUCUUGUCCAUCGUCCAUUCAUGCCAUCGAAAAACAAGUCGUCACACUCGCCAUUUCCUUCGUUGGCCAUCUGCACGAAUGCCGCAAGGUCAUGUAGCCAUAUCGCCGACAUUCUGCAGAAAAGGAAUUUCAUCCCUCCGGCGCUACUUCAGUUACCUACAUUCACAUCCGGAAUUGUGUUGCUGGUGAGCAUCAGGGGAGGGAAGCGCUCGGGUCUGCCAAUAGAUCACAAUAAAGAAAUGUCAGAUGUUUACAAAUGCAUGCGGAUGCUAAGAAAGUCCGAGGACCGGUGGCAUCCAGCAGGUCGCUGCUGGGAUACCCUAUACGAGUUAACGCACAUCGAAAACCCUCCUCUCCUACAGCGUAAUCCAUCUACGAACAAGCGCGAACGGGAUUCUGAGGUCCCUAUGACAUCUCGUUCUCCCCCUAUGGCAUAUCUUUCCCCCCCCAAGGAUGAUUGCCUAUCACCAAACAACGUCCUAAGAAACAUUUCUAGUUUACAGCGCGUGACCAGGCAUGUGCCUAUACCCAUGAGACAGUUACCGUUGCCACAAGAGACGCGUUCUGCUACUCAAGAAGACCAGCCUCAAAGGCAAGACCUACUUCAGCUUCUUCCUCCUCCGCAGUUAUUGCAGGCGCACAGGCUGCUACAUGCACAGCGCUCAUCGGAUAGUCUUCAGCCACCCCAGCCGUCGGAGUGCUAUAGGCUACCGAUGUACAGCAAUGAACUCCCAACGUUGUCUCCACAUGGCAAAUUCUCGAUGACCGGACAGUCACCUUUUGACUAUAGCGACUGGUAUCCUCCAACCGAGCUUGCGAGUGGGAGUGGGGGUACAACCACAAACGUUACUUCUUCAAUCAUCGGCAACUCUGACACAUCCAGUUCCUUCACAUUCAGCUACCGGUAUCCCAUUGUCACCGAAACAGAAUCUUCAAUGCAGGGGUAUGGUGUGAUUGGCGGUGGGCCUGGGAGUAUGAUGGACACACCGGGCUCGAGUGCGAUGUAUAAUCACUCUGCACCACUCAAUUACCAUCCAGGGGCGCCGGAUUCGGACACAGGUUCCUAUAUCGCGCCCACGAGAUCAAAUAGAAACUCCUACGCCGGGUCGUCAAGUCCAAGUGGGGGAUCCUAUGCUGCCCCCGCAAUAUCAAGCACAUCACAUGCCGCCUCUGCCCUGUCAAUGAAUAGUGUGGGGAUGUACAGGGGCCAGUCAUUGGGCGGUGGUGGGAUGGUCUAUGCUCCGCAGGGUUCUCAUCUUAGGCUUGUGGACAGGUAUGCUGAACAACCGCAAACUUCGUACAUCGACCCAGAUUCGAUGUCGACGUGGUCUACCGCUCCGAUUGGGUUUGCAAGAGUGGGGAUCGUAUUUAUAAUACUGGCGAGCCGACCCAGCAUCCUCGGGACAUAUUAUCCACGGAUAGACCUUUUCCUGAUGCUUGAACGUUCAAGAACGUUUGAACGGCGACAAGGGACGAGGAUAGGUAUGUGA